AUGUCUGCGUUUCUAUUAGUUAACGAACACACAAACACACAAGUGGUCAAAAAGAAAAAACGACAUAAUGUUACCCCAACAUCUUCAACCAAGUCAAUUAUUUCGGGAUCAGAUACAAGCAGUCAUUACCGGAAGAAAGUGUUUGAUAUUAACAGCAAUCGCUAUGUGGACACAACUAGCUCAUUUGAAAUUUCAGUGGACGAUAUUGAAGAAGAAAGAAAUGAUUUGUCACACCCCAGUAUUCGUGGGCAUCAAAUCGUCAAAAACAAGAAACCAUUUUUCCCACUAGAAGAGUAUAUUAUAUUAAGACAUACAUACUUUGACCAAAUCAAGAACAACAACAACAAUUCCUUUGCUUGCAAUAAUAUCCAAACACUACUACUGAGCAACCAGUUUUGGAACAACGUAUAUCAAGAAAUGAAAGAUGAUAGUCUACAGUCAACCUUUGAUUACUUUCCAUUACUCCCCAAUAGAGCAGUCCUUGCCCAAUUUUACCAAACAGUCAUAAACAAAAUACUUGAGGAAAACAACAUUGAAGCCGAUUACGAAGAUUAUAAAAUGCAGCACAAUCACCUUUACUCGUCUCAUUACAAAUUGAGCGUGCAAGAGAAACUAGCAGACACAAUGAUUAUCAAUUUGAAGAUAUUUCUACGCGGCGAGGCUGACAGCACUUUUCAACAAUGGCGAAGAUUUCUACGAUUUUUAAUUUUGGGUUUUUUACAAACUCCAGAACCAUUUUCGUCUUCGCUUAAAACGAUUCAAUCGACGGGUCCUAAAAAACCGAAAAAGAUUUCUUUUUUCAAGAAAUUAAUUGGUUCUAAACAUUGA